AUAGCUCAAAAACUUUUAACACACUCGAAUUAAAGCAGUGGGCUAUUCAAUUCACCCAUUAUUCUAAAGUGCAUACUGUUUGUUGGUGUGAAUAGUGCAUUAUUGAGCCCCGGCUUUUGACACACAAAUCUUCCCUCUUCGGCCCCACCGCCCAAAUAAAAAUUGGUAAUUUUUCAAAGUUCAUCAGAAGAAGAGAAGAAUUGGAAUUGGAGUUAUAAUAAGAUGGAAGAUUUAUUUGGUUACAUUAUUUUGGGGUCAUGUCCCACCCGUGCGUUUGCUUCAUUCAUUCAAAGCAUCUCUCUUUCUUUCUUUCUGUUCCGGCCAUCAAGCGCGCUUGUCGUGAAACCAAGUAAAUGACACUCGCGGCUUGUCUUCUUCUCCCGCCUUCCCUCUCUUAAAUACUAAACCUCCCUCUGUUUUCCCUUCUCAACCACUCCUCUCUUUUUCUUUAUCUUCCCACUUUAAUGGCGGACUUUUCUCUGCUUCUUCUCCUCCUUGUUUUCUCCUCUUUUUCCGGCCUUCACUCCCGGAGCUUGCCCCUCACGCCUAAAACCUCCGUGCUUGAUGUGGCGGCUUCCAUUCAGAGGACGACAGAGAUUUUUGCAUUUCAGGCUGAAUCUACUGUGCCAGAACGAGAACAAAUC